GCCCCGCCCUCCGCCGCGCGCCGCGGAACCUCGGUGCGCGGCGUGAGCAGCCGGCCGGGCCCGGCGGUGCGGCGGCACGAUGAGCACCAAGCAGGUGACGUGCAGGUACUACUUGCAGGGCGUGUGUCGGGAGGGAAGCAAGUGCCUGUUCUCCCAUGAUUUGUCCAGCAGCAAAUCCUCCACCAUCUGCAAGUACUACCAGAAGGGGCAGUGUGCCUACGGUGCCCGCUGCAGGUAUGACCACGUGAGGCUCCCGCUGCCGGGCAGAGCCGCGGCCCCGCCUCCGCCGCUCCCCGCGGCCCCGGGCAGCCCCCGGGCACCCCCCGAGCACGGCCCCGGCAGCGCCCGCAGCCGCCGGGAGAAGAGGACGCUGGUGCUCCGGGACAGAAACCUGUGCGGCUCCAGCGAGGAGAAGCAGCAGCCCGGUGCCCCCGGGGCCGUGCUGGGCUGCAGCGAGCCCGGGGACAGCGAGGAGGGGAAGCCCCAUUCCUACCUGGAGGCCAUCUGCAGCGGGCUGGGGGAGCCGGGCGCCGGGGGCUGCCCCGGGGCCGGGGAGCAGCUGUGUCCCUACGCCGCCGCCGGCACCUGCCACUUCGGGGAGCGCUGCCUCUACCUGCACGGGGAGCUGUGCGAGAUCUGCGGCCUGCAGGUGCUGCACCCCUUCGACCAGGAGCAGAGGAAGGCCCACGAGAUGAUGUGCAUGGCAACGUUUGAGCACGACAUGGAGAGGGCCUUUGCCUUCCAGGCCAGCCAGGACAAGGUGUGCAGCAUCUGCAUGGAGGUGGUGUAUGAGAAACCCUCAGCCUCGGAGAGGAGGUUUGGGAUCCUGUCCAACUGCACCCACACGUACUGCCUGUCCUGCAUCCGCCAGUGGCGAUGUGCCAAGCAGUUCGACAACCCCAUCAUCAAGUCCUGCCCCGAGUGCCGGGUGAUCUCCGAGUUUGUCAUUCCCAGCGUGUACUGGGUGGAAGAGCAAGAGAAGAAAAAUGAGCUGAUUGAAGCAUUUAAGCAGGGAGUGGGGAAAAAGCCCUGCAAGUACUUUGAGCAAGGGAAAGGAACGUGUCCCUUUGGAGGGAAGUGUCUUUACCUGCACGCUUAUCCCGACGGAACCCGGGCUGAGCCUGAGAAGCCCCGGAAGCAGCUCAGCUCCGAGGGCACGGUGCGGUUCUUCAAUUCCGUGCGCCUGUGGGACUUUAUCGAGGACAGGGAGAGCCGGAGCGCGCCCGGCGCGGACGACGAGGUCACGGAGCUGGGGGAGCUGUUCAUGCACCUCUCGGGGGCUGAGGAGGAUCCCACUGCUGCCCAGUGAGGAGCCCACAGCCCCUCGGAGCCCAGCAGUGCAGCUGUUUAUUAGCCAAGCUUUUACUCCCUCCAGCACAGGUAGAACAAAUGUGCCCUGGUGGUUACUUGUGCAGUCCUGGUAAAGUUUUCAGAUAGUUUUUAUAUGGCAACAAAAAAAGACUAAAAUAUAUUUAAAAAAAAAAUAAAUUGGCUGCAUGGAAAAAAAAAUCCCUUAAUCCCAGGAGGGUUUUCUCCCUCUCUGGCCUAACAUAUGCUGUCUUGUGAGCUGAGUGGUAGUGUAAAUACAGGUCCAGUGAAAGCUUAAGCUGGUAAAAACUGUUGCUAAAUAGAGUUUGGGUGCUUUGGGGUUUUUUUUUCCUUCACUAAAUCAGCUAAAUGUGUAACUACAAAACCCACUGGGAGUAACAGUCAGUGUAGGGUUUUCUCCUUAAAAAGGAGCUGGUAUAUUAUACCUCAAAUAGUACCUGGAGUUCAGAGUAGAGUUUACUGCACCCUUAGGGGGUGUGGGGAUGGGGCUGGACAGGGCCUGGCUCUCCAGGUGCUGCCAGUCAGGUUCCCACCCCUGUUUUACACUAAUUCAAGUGCUCAGAGUCAGGAGUGGCUCCAGGAGCACCUGCUGUAGAGCAAAUGCAGCUGCACUGAUUCCUGGUGGCACAGGCAGAGCUAAACUGAACUUACUGCACGAUCUGGAGCUUGGGAACUGCAGCACGAGUGAGGUGUUCUCACUGAUGCUGGCCAGAGUCCUGCCCCAGAACCAGCAGUGGCUCUGCAGCAGUUCAGUGCCUCCAUUCACCUUUUCCCCAGCAGUGCUGAAGGCCCAGGAGGGCUGAGGGAUUAAUGCACAUCUCUGCUGGGUUAACAGAACUGAAUUCUGGCUUUGUUAAAAAUGUGAUUCCUCUUUGUGUGGCAAAAAAUCUGAUAGCAGAAGUUAAUUCUACCAAGUCAUUUGUAUUAACUUUGCAGUUGAACCAAGAAUUCAGUGUGCACUCAAGUGGCUGCUGAGUAAGAGCUUGGACACACCUGAGCAUGAGCUGUCAGCCUGACUCAGGUCCUUGUAAAUCACUGCUCAGUGUUUGUAAAUAUAAACAGAGAUGUGGGGUUUAUUUUAGAACAGUGUGGGUGCAAUGGAAGGCAGGUGUGUAACUGGUUUGGUUAUUAUCUAUAGCAAUAUAAAAGCAUCAAAAUAAUACUUUAAAAUGUGUAAGAAAGAAAAGCCAAGAGCAGGAAGGUCUGUAAUCAGCACCUGAGGAUCAGUGACAGGACUGGGUGAUGGCCACAAUCUUGAUCCAUCGGGGUGAGGGAUUAUGAGGCAAAAUGGAUUCAGAGAGACUUGGGCAGGAAGCUGCUGCCAGCUGGGCAAACAGGGGUUGGUGACAGCAGGAUCUGGGUCCCUGCUGGGAGGGGAACCGCAGGAACCCUAAUCUGGGAUUCAGACAUCUUUAACUGGCACCAAAGCAGUGACUCCAGGAUUAUCCAUUCAGCUGCUGCUGGCGUUUCUGGGUCAGGAUGGUGACACUGCAGCUGUGAGGGGGGAGCUCCUCCCCUCUGCCCAGCACUGCCCAUGCCAGCUGUGCCCUCUGUUCUGACCUGGAAAUUGAACUUUCCCAUUAUUAUUUCCCCUCUAAAGUUAAUUUUUAGCAGUGCUCACUGCACAGUCAGGCCUGGCCUUAGCAGUGUCUGAACAAACAUCAGUUCCCAGCUUCUUGGUUAAACUGGCCCAUGAAGGCACCAGUGAAGCUCUGAGGUCCAAUGAGUGCAAUUAGUCAGCACUAAUUACAAAGGAGAAGGCAAAUUAUCCCUAAGAGACAUGUCACACACUAAGCUGAUGUUUCAAGGGCACCCAAGCACUCUUUUACCCCAGAAUACUUCAGCCCUCACCCUCCCCAAGAAGCCACAAGGAGUAGUCUGAAAUGAAAAAGGUAACUUGUUUUUCAAAGCUACCCAGGGACUUACAAGGUCUGAGUUUCUAAGCUCUUCACUCAGCACCUUUCAUUUAACUGGGCAGCAAGUGCUGGUUAAAAUAAACCUAUUAACCAAAAAUAUUUAAAUUUUUCAAGAGACACAUAAUCUGGUUUAAAAAUCAUGGGUUAAUGGUUCCUUUUGGGAAAUCAGAGUUAAAGUAAAAGCAGCUUACCUGUUCUGGGUUUUUUUUCUUCCCCUUUUUAAGCUUAUUGUAAUGAAGUUAAAAUUAGAGAAAAAUAAUGUUUAGAGAGAGCUGCAGUCCAAAUACCAAGAUUAUUAUUAAAAACCAUGCAGAACUAUA